AUGCUGAACUUGCACUUCUGCAGAAAUGAGUCUAUUGGACAGGAUGCAUCUGUCACGGUCGCUGAGCUUGGCUUAGUUCAAUAUCAGGCUCGUGGACCAGAUAGUACUGAAGAACCCUUGACGCAGCCCGCUGCUUGGACAAGUGAUAUGAAUACUUUUCUUCAAUGGCUAUCAGAACUAAAAUUUAACGGUAGCAGCCCUGAUAGCUCUGGCAUUGCAGAAGGUCUAGCUGAUGCACUUGUGAUGUUCCUAAUGCAUCCCAAUCAAGACCAAGAGAAAAAAUAUUUUCAAAGUCAAAGGCAUUGCAUUCUUGUAUCCGCUACUAAUCCAUUUGGUUUUGUGGAUCUGCCAUUAACUGGAAAUCCAAUGGAUAAAAUAUCUAUUAUAGAAACUGAGGAAGAGGCAACAGAUGCUGAAUCAAUUGCUAAAUUAUAUAUUCAGUUCAUGGUUUCUCUGUCAGUAAUUUCUCCAAUGCAGCUUCCAUUGCUUAGAAAGAUAUACAAAGCGGCAAAUCUUAAUUCCAAUGCCAUGGAUCCUUUCUUUAAUAGUGUCAAGAAUUCAGACUUUCUUGUUCUAUUAUCAGAGAAGUUCUUUGAAGCCCAUGUUGCACUUUGUGAGAAGGAAACGACAGGUCGAGGCCUGGACCUUUCAGAAGAGGAUGUUCUGUUGCUUGAACAAGUGCUGAAUCAAUCUUCGACAAGCCAGAAGAGUACUGCAAAAGAAAGCAUCUCUGACGGGAUGAUAGAAGGGGAAGUGAAGAUUGCGUCAUUCACUAAUUUGCAGCCCGAUACCGCACAACUUCCUUGUGUAUCAUCGUGUGUUCCUCCAUAUGUUCAGCCACACUUUUCUAGAAUCAUCCCAAACUUGAAAACUUAUGAUGCAGAUGACUUUGCUUCUCAAGAAAUGAUUUUCGGAAACUCAAAUGCACCAAGGGCAAUUGUUUUGUCACAAAAAGCACGUCCUUUGAUUCCUGGAACAGUAAAUCCAAGCAUCAUUCUUAGCCAUAAAGCUCAAACAUUCCAAGAGGCGACUUCUGUGGCUAGUAUUGAAGAAAGUUCACGAGACUACCCAACAAUAAAUAGCAGGUAUCAAAGAAAUUAUGAGGCAAUGCGGCCUCCUGUUCUUGAUUUAAAACCAGACAGUGGGACUCCAAAUUAUAAACAAGAUGAAAUCAGUGACCUACUGUUCUUCACGGCAAAUUCACAUAUCGCUAGAAGCUUGAUGGGUAUGCAACCUGUUGGACUCAAGACAACUGGGAAAAGAAAACAGGAAACUCUUCAGAGCUUGGUGCUACCAACAAUUUCAUCUAAGGCCUCUGUAGUCCCAUCUAUGAGGGUGCAAAGCAUCCCUGAGAACUCAUUUCCUUCUGCAGCAUAUAACCUAUACGGGAGCUUCAAGACUCCACAAGAAGCUGAUUACCAAACAAUGCAUACUAUGAGAAAAAGCCCUCAAGCUACCAUGUCAUCAGCAAAGGAUGGAUCUGUAGUAUUCUCAGGAUCUCCACACCAGACACAGAACGUAAAUACUGGUUUUACAGCUACAGGAUGUAAUGUAUCUGGAAACUUAAAUGCACCGCAAAACUUUGCAACAUUUCAAAGCGCAACAGGCCACGAUGAUGUACAACCUCGAGAGGGGAAAGAAGAUGUUCCAAAAGCACAUAUGCAACAAGAGGAAUUCGAUUACAAAUGGGAUCCAAUGACUAGUUGUCCUCAAUCAAGUCCUUCAUCUGAAGUGCUCCUAUCGAACCCUUCGACGAAAAUGCCUCUACAGAGAAAUGAGGAAAUGGAACCUACCAUUGAGAUUGAUGCACUGGAUAAAAAUCUGGAUGGACAUGAAAAAUAUAUUAAAGCAUGGGAGGGAGCUAUAUCUGCAUUGAUGGGUGGGCGCCUCAUGAUAGUCACGAGAGCAGUGGCCUACAGAGCAACAUCAACAUCAAAUCAGAUUACUUCUGACUGGCCAAAUACAUUACAGUUGGGUCGUCUCUUGUGUCAGGACUUUUUCGAGAAGUUUCCAAAGCUAGAUCCAAAGUACAUCAUGAUAUUUGAAGUUGCCAACAAUCACUCGAUUCUUGAACAUCUGAGGACAAGAAAGCUUGGUCAUGAAUUUGACACUAUCUUUUGGGAUGCCUAG